CUCACUCACUGGCGAAAAACUAGCUGACCUGCUAACAUGUAAGGUGUCUGGUGGCAUGGUCUACCCCAAGCAGACCUGGAAGCUCUUCCUCACCAAGGCGUCUGGAGUCCUGAAUGAAGCUCUCACCAUCCUCACUAACAGGUCCGUCAAGUUGAGGAGCCCGCCCGUCCUGGAGGUGGUGGGUGAACUCAGAAUCAACACACUCAGCGAGGAACAGCUACAGACCGUACCAGUCAUCCACCACCUGUUCCAUCCAAAACUGCGGACUCUCAUGUCCUCUGUGUCAGUGGAGUUUCUGUCCUGUCUCAGCAGCAAGAACUUCACCUGCGAGACCUACCACCACGUGGUGAAUGAAUUUGGCUACCAGUUUCCUCACAUGGACGACAUGCAACAGCGCAUGGUGCUCAAACAUUUCAUCCUCCCCUUCCUGACCCGAAAUCACACCUCAGACCCUGCCUGUGUGGACAGCACUAAUGGAAGUGAGGCCUGGCUGUACAAGAACUUCAAAUCGUAUUCUGCCUUUGUGCCUCUCCGGGAGCUCCUGAUGCUAAAUCCAAACUUCCAACCGCUGGAGACCCUGAACCUUCUCAGCCCUCGACAGACAGCGGAGCUGGUCGUGUCGCCCCACCCUGCACUUUCAGAUAAAGAAGCCAUCAUCACUGCAGUGUUUGACCACUUCAUGGAAUCACCGAAUGACAUGAAGCAGAGAGAAUUCCUCAGGGAGUUUGCAAUGUUGUCCCAACAGAGACCGUUGAACUGCAGCUCCAUCCAAACCAUAAUCAAGAGGCUUCGUCACUCACUCUCCUCAAUGCCAGGACGUCAGGAGCCAGUCAUCUGGGCCAGCAUUAACGUGUUCAUGCAAGCAGGACCCAGACACUGCAUGACGAUGCCAGUUGAUGAAAGGUGUCCAUUCACACCAUGGAACGCUGACCUGCUAACAUGUAAGGUGUCUGGCGGCAUGGUCUACCCCAAGCAAACCUGGAAGCUCUUCCUCACCAAGGCGUCUGGAGUCCUGAAUGAAGCUCUCACCAUCCUCACUAACAGGUCCGUCAAGUUGAGGAGCCCGCCCGUCCUGGAGGUGGUGGGUGAACUCAGAAUCAACACACUCAGCGAGGAACAGCUACAGACCGUACCAGUCAUCCACCACCUGUUCCAUCCAAAACUGCGGACUCUCAUGUCCUCUGUGUCAGUGGAGUUUCUGUCCUGUCUCAGCAGCAAGAACUUCACCUGCGAGACCUACCACCACGUGGUGAAUGAAUUCGGCUACCAGUUUCCUCACAUGGACGAGAUGCAACAGCGCAUGGUGCUCAAACAUUUCAUCCUCCGCUUCCUGACCCGAAAUCACACCUCAGACCCUGCCUGUGUGGACAGCACUAAUGGAAGUGAGGCCUGGCUGUACAAGAACUUCAAAUCGUAUUCUGCCUUUGUGCCUCUCCGGGAGCUCCUGAUGCUAAAUCCAAACUUCCAACCACUGGAGACCCUGAACCUUCUCAGCUCUCGACAGACAGCGGAGCUGGUCGUGUCACCCCACCCUGCACUUUCAGAUAAAGAAACCAUCAUCAAUGCAGUGUUUGACCACUUCAUGGAAUCACCAAAUGACACGAAGCAGAGAGAAUUCCUCAAGGAGUUUGCAAUGUUGUCCCAACAGGCAAACCUCAGUUGUGACCUCUACAAAACCAUACUGCGCAGGAUAGACCAGGCAGCACUAUCUGAGUCCAGUGAAUUUGAAUCUCAAAGAAUGCCAAUCAGGGGCAAGAUUGCACAGAUAGCUCUACUGCAUUGCUCAAUAAAUGACAUCAUUCCAGGGUGUCCUACGACCCCAGUAAAUGAGAGCCGAAUCUGUGCUGAAGCCAACAGUGGUGCUUACACAAACACGAUGAUGCUGUGUAACAACAGUCUGAGACAUUACGCCUGUCUGUCAACGCCAACAAACCUAACAUCGGAACAAGUGGCCAUGAUUCUGAGCUGUAAUUUGAUGGGCAACAAGACGUAUUCAAAAGAAACCUGGAAACUGCUCUUCACCAAAGUCUCCGGAGUGCUGCAUGAAGCUCUGUUACUGUUCGCCAACAUGACCCCCAGCCUGAGAGAGCCUUCUGCUUCAAUGGUUCUUGAUGUGAUCAGCGAGAGCCUGGAUGCAGGGAUCACUGAUUCAAGUGAAGACGUAUCUUUGAUCACCAAGAUCUUCCAGAAGAAGCUGAAGCCAUUCUUACCCUUCAUAUCAGAAUCCCUGCUGUCCUGCCUGAGCGCCAAGAACUUCAGUUGUCAGGCCUUCGAAGUCAUAGUGUGGACUCUCAAUGACAAAUAUGAAGAGAUGGACAGACGCCAGCGGGCUUUGGUCUACAUGGAUUUCAUCCAAAUCUUCUUGUCUCGGACUGAAACUAAAGACCCAGGGUGUGUCCGCAGUUCAAACGGCAGUGUGCCAUGGCUUCAGAAGAACUUUGGGAAAUUUUCUAGUUUCCUAACCCCCGAAGACAUCCAGAGGCUCAACAGAAACUUCUCUGUGGAGGAAGCUCUGCGUCAUCUGACCGUUAAGCAGUUGGCUAACUUCUUUGCUGCUCCAGGACAACUGGAAACUGCUGAAGACGUCAGCAAACUAAUGAGCCACGUGGCAGACGACCAAUUGGGAACGUUCUUUGAUAGGUUUUCAACAGUCAUUGAGGGUCGGCCCUUCCCGAUGGAGGCGCGCUCUGCAAUGCUGCAGCAGGUGCUGGACCGAGCCAACCUCUCCGAUGCCGCGGUCAGCGAUGAGGAAGCCCAGGUAUGGCUUCAGCAACGUCUGCCGCCCCUGCUGCUGAACCUGCAACGGGAACACGUGGGCCCUCUCUUCAACAUCGUCAAGCGCAGGGACUGCAACAUCAGCCAGGAAUUGGUGAAGCAUCUUAGCGGUAUCCGCCAAACCCUUGAUGAUGACACGGAAAGCGAGGUCAUCAAAAACAUUGUUGACUCACUCAGAGACCCUCAGCCACUGCGCUGCUACACAAACCAGAGUUUCUACCAGUUUCUGAAAAAAAGCUUCCUCAAAUUCCCUUCUCCCCAACUGUCUACUGUCCUUUCACUGAUGCCUCCUGACAGACAGGCAGAGCUGAUAAACUCCAUUCCUCCCAAUGAGCUUGGUGAGCUGCUGAGGAAACCGAUGUUUAUAGAUAACAGCACAGACCUUUGCACCCUCCUGCUGCACCACCGACAGACCCCCGAACUCCUGGAGACGGAGGAAUUUUCAGAACACGUGAGGUCACAGAUCUUGCCCUGUGUGUGGCCCCUGGCCCUCAGAAGUGACAAUGAGGAAGAAGUGAAGAGAUGGUUUGUCAGUCGGCUUAAUGGUUACUUGCAAUUCCUCAAUGAGGACCUCAUCAGCUCCCAGGAUACCCUCAAUGCAUCAUGCUUGGCCUUCAGGAACCUCAUCUUCUUACUGGGAACCGACUACAACUUCAGCAGGACGGAUAUCGAAGAAGAUGAAGUGUAUGACAUCAUUAAGACCUACCUCAGCACCGAUGGAAGUCCAAAGUGCUACGACCGCAAUGACCCGACCCUCAACUCCACAGCUUGGUUUUUCAACUACUUUUGCAAUUUCAUUAGAUUCGCUGACUCGGAUGACUUCAGAACAUUUGGUUCAGAAGAAGCACUUCAGGUCUUCUCUGUCAAUCGACAAAAUAUCGAGCUCUUAAGUCAACCUGGCAUCCCAGAUGACGUGGUCUCAUGGUACACUGAGUCCAUCUUCCAGGAGAACCCACAAUUCCUUCCCACAAAACUGCCGCCCCGACUCCAAUGCUAUGCUUCAGGAGAGGCUUUGUCCAGCCUGGAUGAGAGUCAGACUCUGGCUGUUAUCAGGAACAUAAAUCAGUCCUGCACUGCUGUGGAACCCCAUAUUCCGGCAGUGCUGGCUGGGAAUAUUAAAACACUCAGUCCUGGACUGAUCACUGCCCUGGGAAACCAGGUGACAGGUUUGAGUCCAGGCCAGAUCAGUGGAGCUCCUCCAAGCGUCAUCAUCGGGUCCCUUAAGAACCUGGGCAAAGUUUCAGGCUGGAACCAGGCCCAGUCCAAUAGCAUCAUAGCAGCGAUCCUUGGACAAAACUUCCAGGUUGACAAUCAGGAAAAUCUGGAAAGCCUGGGCUCUCUAAUACAAGGCGUUCCCUUUUCAGCCAUUUCAAAAAUCUCCCCCACUGUAGCUCAGCAAACCGCUUCCAAUCCAGUUUUUGUUAACAAACUUCUGAGUGCUCCUGUAAUUGUGCGGGAGAAAUUCGUCCAAAAGAUUAUCGAAGUGGAUUCUACACCCCAGAUACUGUUAAACAACGUCCCUGAUGACCUAGCCUCAGAAAUCCCUGGAAAUCUGCUGAUCUUUUCUGAAAAUAUGGAUCCAGCUGUGGUGCAGAAGAUAAAUAAGAAAAAAUGGAAACCUGAGCAGGCGGCUCUGCUUUUUGAUAUAGUUGCUGAAGGAACCAGUGAUGCUGAUGACCUUUCAACAGAGAUGCUCCAGGGAUUCUCGUGCACAAGGAUUCGCCGUUUUAAAAAAACAAAAGUCAGAAAUCUCAUCAGAGCUUGCAGGAGGAGAAGGAACCAAAGAAAGGUGGUUCUGCGCGAACCCCAGUUAACCUGCAUGAGCAAUAUCAUCAAGAGUGAAAGGCCACAGAAUUUCACAGAAUUACCUUCCGACAUGCUGUUGUACCUAGACUACUCCACCGUGCAGCAGGCAACAUGCAAGGCGUACUUCAUACAAACCGGAGAAGCAGACUUUGAUGUUCUGUCUGACGCUUUGAGUGGGAAGAAAGCAGAGUUACUGAGCAAUGCCAAAAGCUGCCUGGGUGUAACAGGAACAAACCUGAACAAGGAGACUGUGGAGGUUCUGGGAAACAUGUGCUGCACACUGGAUGAGUCUCACAUCAGUGACUCUGACCCACUGAUACUGGAGAAACUUAAAAACUGCAAGGAGUUCUCAGACAAGCAGCUCGAUGCAAUGGAAAAAGUUCUUCUCCGUGGUACCCCCAUUUAUGGAAAUCCUUCAAAAUGGAACUUUAAAACUCUGCAAAAGUUGGAACCCCUCCCAGUGUUUCUAGGAAGCUCAUUCUGGUGUCGUCUUGGAAAGAGGGUCAAACGCAGAUACCUCAGAAAGCUCCGGAAACAGAAAGGAAGCAGGCGGGAAAGGAAGAAGCUCAAAAGACUUUUCAAACAAUUACGUUGUUCCAAAAAUAUACAAGGAGCUGAUCAUUGCACAGUUGGAAACAUCACACAGGUCACCAUCAACGAUGACUCUUUUCCCUUCGGUUACGAUGCCAUCCAGUUCGGCCACUGUCUAAGCGUGCAGGUUGUGAAGGACAAUUUUGCAGCUCUGGCUCAGAAGGUGGAUGAGGAUGAAUUGCAGACAAUUGUUCUGAGCAAAUCAAAGCAGGCAUUCCCAGCGGGCCUUUCAGAUAUGCAGUUGCAACUCCUGGGUUCUGUGUCUCGUAUGGCCUCCCUGGAUGACAUCAGCAAGUGGAGCAUCAUCACCAUUGACAACCUGGCUGCUCUAAUGAACUCAGAAGAUGGAGCGUGGGAGCCUGAAAAGAGCAAAGCCAUCAUCUUAAAAUACUUGGAAACACCUGCCAAUACCCUGGGGACCGCAGAGCUGAAUGCAAUAGGCGGGCCUAAUCUGUGCCCCCUUCCCAACAGUGUCCUGAGGAACAUCACCCCUGAGAGUCUGAAAAAUGCCAACUCCUUGACUAUUUCAGCUUGUCCUGUGGAGUUCAAGGAUGAAAUGUUCCUCAUAGCUGAACAGGCCUUUAAUGAAUCUGAUCCCAUAUCACUGAUGACUUACCAGCUCAUUCAGUCUUACCUAGGAGGCGCACCCAAAGAUUACAUAUUAAGACUGUCAAGAGCCAAUGUUAGCAUGGACUUAGAAACCUUUAUAAACCUGAACUCAAGCGUACUCUUGGAUCUCAAUGUGACGGCGGUAAGUCAGCUACUGGGAGGUAAUGUGCAGGACCUGAAGACCUUUGAGCAUGUGACUGUCAUACAGCACUGGAUCCAGAGACAGCCUCAGUCCGAUCUGGACAGUUUGGGCAUUGAGCGGACACCUCCAGUAAACACAACUUCAACUCCAACAUCUGACUGCAUGAUGAUGCCAUUUGAUGAAAGGUGUCCAUCCACACCAUGUAAUGAGAGCGGCAUUUGUUCUGGAGUACACAACUCUAAGCUGCAGGACUACUUGGACUCUGGGAUGACUGGAAUGCUCUGCAAUAUUACACUCACUGAAUAUGCUUGCUCAUCGUUGGCCUCACUCACUGGCGAAAAACUAGCUGACCUGCUCACAUGUAAGGUAUCUGGUGGCAUGGUCUACCCCAAGCAGACCUGGAAGCUCUUCCUCACCAAGGCGUCUGGAGUCCUGAAUGAAGCUCUCACCAUCCUCACUAACAGGUCCGUCAAGUUGAGGAGCCUGCCCGUCCUGGAGGUGGUGGGUGAACUCAGAAUCAACACACUCAGCGUGGAACAGCUACAGACCGUACCAGUCAUCCACCACCUGUUCCAUCCAAAACUGCGGACUCUCAUGUCCUCUGUGUCAGUGGAGUUUCUGUCCUGUCUCAGCAGCAAGAACUUCACCUGCGAGACCUACCACCACGUGGUGAAUGAAUUCGGCUACCAGUUUCCUCACAUGGACGAGAUGCAACAGCGCAUGGUGCUCAAACAUUUCAUCCUCCCCUUCCUGACCCGAAAUCACACCUCAGACCCUGCCUGUGUGGACAGCACUAAUGGAAGUGAGGCCUGGCUGUACAAGAACUUCAAAUCGUAUUCUGCCUUUGUGCCUCUCCGGGAGCUCCUGAUGCUAAAUCCAAACUUCCAACCGCUGGAGACCCUGAACCUUCUCAGCCCUCGACAGACAGCGGAGCUGGUCGUGUCGCCCCACCCUGCACUUUCAGAUAAAGAAGCCAUCAUCACUGCAGUGUUUGACCACUUCAUGGAAUCACCGAAUGACAUGAAGCAGAGAGAAUUCCUCAGGGAGUUUGCAAUGUUGUCCCAACAGAGACCGUUGAACUGCAGCUCCAUCCAAACCAUAAUCAAGAGGCUUCGUCACUCACUGUCCUCAAUGCCAGGACGUCAGGAGCCAGUCAUCUGGGCCAGCAUUAACGUGUUCAUGCAAGCAGGACCCAGACACUGCAUGACGAUGCCAGUUGAUGAAAGGUGUCCAUUCACACCAUGGAACGAGAGCAGCAUUUGUUCUGGAGUACACAACUCGAGCCUACAGGAUGACUUGAACUCUGGGAUGACUGGAAUGCUCUGCAAUAUUACACUCACUGAAUAUGCUUGCUCAUCGUUGGCCUCACUCACUGGCGAAAAACUAGCUGACCUGCUAACAUGUAAGGUGUCUGGCGGCAUGGUCUACCCCAAGCAAACCUGGAAGCUCUUCCUCACCAAGGCCUCUGGAGUCCUGAAUGAAGCUCUCACCAUCCUCACUAACAGGUCUGUCAAGUUGAGGAGCCCGCCUGUCCUGGAGGUGGUGGGUGAACUCAGAAUCAACACACUCAGUGUGGAACAGCUACAGACCGUACCAGUCAUCCACCACCUGUUCCAUCCAAAACUGCGGACUCUCAUGUCCUCUGUGUCAGUGGAGUUUCUGUCCUGUCUCAGCAGCAAGAACUUCACCUGCGAGACCUACCACCACGUGGUGAAUGAAUUUGGCUACCAGUUUCCUCACAUGGACGACAUGCAACAGCGCAUGGUGCUCAAACAUUUCAUCCUCCGCUUCCUGACCCGAAAUCACACCUCAGACCCUGCCUGUGUGGACAGCACUAAUGGAAGUGAGGCCUGGCUGUACAAGAACUUCAAAUCGUAUUCUGCCUUUGUGCCUCUCCGGGAGCUCCUGAUGCUAAAUCCAAACUUCCAACCGCUGGAGACCCUGAACCUUCUCAGCCCUCGACAGACAGCGGAGCUGGUCGUGUCGCCCCACCCUGCACUUUCAGAUAAAGAAGCCAUCAUCACUGCAGUGUUUGACCACUUCAUGGAAUCACCGAAUGACAUGAAGCAGAGAGAAUUCCUCAGGGAGUUUGCAAUGUUGUCCCAACAGAGACCGUUGAACUGCAGCUCCAUCCAAACCAUAAUCAAGAGGCUUCGUCACUCACUCUCCUCAAUGCCAGGACGUCAGGAGUCAGUCAUCUGGGCCAGCAUUAACGUGUUCAUGCAAGCAGGACCCAGACUGUCCAUUCACACCAUGGAACGCUCGAGCCUACAGGAUGACUUGGACUCUGGGAUGACUGGAAUGCUCUGCAAUAUUACACUCACUGAAUAUGCUUGCUCAUCGUUGGCGUCACUCACUGGCGAAAAACUAGCUGACCUGCUAACAUGUAAGGUGUCUGGUGGCAUGGUCUACCCCAAGCAGACCUGGAAGCUCUUCCUCACCAAGGCGUCUGGAGUCCUGAAUGAAGCUCUCACCAUCCUCACUAACAGGUCUGUCAAGUUGAGGAGCCCGCCUGUCCUGGAGGUGGUGGGUGAACUCAGAAUCAACACACUCAGCGUGGAACAGCUACAGACCGUACCAGUCAUCCACCACCUGUUCCAUCCAAAACUGCGGACUCUCAUGUCCUCUGUGUCAGUGGAGUUUCUGUCCUGUCUCAGCAGCAAGAACUUCACCUGCGAGACCUACCACCACGUGGUGAAUGAAUUCGGCUACCAGUUUCCUCACAUGGACGACAUGCAACAGCGCAUGGUGCUCAAACAUUUCAUCCUCCCCUUCCUGACCCGAAAUCACACCUCAGACCCUGCCUGUGUGGACAGCACUAAUGGAAGUGAGGCCUGGCUGUACAAGAACUUCAAAUCGUAUUCUGCCUUUGUGCCUCUCCGGGAGCUCCUGAUGUUAAAUCCAAACUUCCAACCACUGGAGACCCUGAACCUUCUCAGCUCUCGACAGACAGCGGAGCUGGUCGUGUCACCCCACCCUGCACUUUCAGAUAAAGAAACCAUCAUCAAUGUAGUGUUUGACCACUUCAUGGAAUCACCAAAUGACACGAAGCAGAGAGAAUUCCUCAAGGAGUUUGCAAUGUUGUCCCAACAGGCAAACCUCAGUUGUGACCUCUACAAAACCAUACUGCGCAGGAUAGACCAGGCAGCGCUAUCUGAGUCCAGUGAAUUUGAAUCUCAAAGAAUGCCAAUCAGGGGCAAGAUUGCACAGAUAGCUCUACUGCAUUGCUCAAUAAAUGACAUCAUUCCAGGGUGUCCUACGACCCCAGUAAAUGAGAGCCGAAUCUGUGCUGAAGCCAACAGUGGUGCUUACACAAACACGAUGAUGCUGUGUAACAACAGUCUGAGACAUUACGCCUGUCUGUCAACGCCAACAAACCUAACAUCGGAACAAGUGGCCAUGAUUCUGAGCUGUAAUUUGAUGGGCAACAAGACGUAUUCAAAAGAAACCUGGAAACUGCUCUUCACCAAAGUCUCCGGAGUGCUGCAUGAAGCUCUGUUACUGUUCGCCAACAUGACCCCCAGCCUGAGAGAGCCUUCUGCUUCAAUGGUUCUUGAUGUGAUCAGCGAGAGCCUGGAUGCAGGGAUCACUGAUUCAAGUGAAGAUGUAUCUUUGAUCACCAAGAUCUUCCAGAAGAAGCUGAAGCCAUUCUUACCCUUCAUAUCAGAAUCCCUGCUGUCCUGCCUGAGCGCCAAGAACUUCAGUUGUCAGGCCUUCGAAGUCAUAGUGUGGACUCUCAAUGACAAAUAUGAAGAGAUGGACACACGCCAGCGGGCUUUGGUCUACAUAGAUUUCAUCCAAAUCUUCUUGUCUCGGACUGAAACUAAAGACCCAGGGUGUGUCCGCAGUUCAAACGGCAGUGUGCCAUGGCUUCAGAAGAACUUUGGGAAAUUUUCUAGUUUCCUAACCCCCGAAGACAUCCAGAGGCUCAACAGAAACUUCUCUGUGGAGGAAGCUCUGCGUCAUCUGCCCGUUAAGCAGUUGGCUAACUUCUUUGCUGCUCCAGGACAACUGGAAACUGCUGAAGACGUCAGCAAACUAAUGAGCCACGUGGCAGACGACCAAUUGGGAACGUUCUUUGAUAGGUUUUCAACAGUCAUUGAGGGUCGGCCCUUCCCGAUGGAGGCGCGCUCUGCAAUGCUGCAGCAGGUGCUGGACCGAGCCAACCUCUCCGAUGCCGCGGUCAGCGAUGAGGAAGCCCAGGUAUGGCUUCAGCAACGUCUGCCGCCCCUGCUCCUGAACCUGCAACGGGAACACGUGGGCCCUCUCUUCAACAUCGUCAAGCGCAGGGACUGCAACAUCAGCCAGGAAUUGGUGAAGCAUCUUAGCGGUAUCCGCCAAACCCUUGAUGAUGACACGGAAAGCGAGGUCAUCAAAAACAUUGUUGACUCACUCAGAGACCCUCAGCCACUGCGCUGCUACACAAACCAGAGUUUCUACCAGUUUCUGAAAAAAAGCAUCGUCAAAUUCCCUUCUCCCCAACUGUCUACUGUCCUUUCACUGAUGCCUCCUGACAGACAGGCAGAGCUGAUAAACUCCAUUCCUCCCAAUGAGCUUGGUGAGCUGCUGAGGAAACCGAUGUUUAUAGAUAACAGCACAGACCUCUGCACCCUCCUGCUGCACCACCGACAGACCCCCGAACUCCUGGAGACGGAGGAAUUUUCAGAACACGUGAGGUCACAGAUCUUGCCCUGUGUGUGGCCCCUGGCCCUCAGAAGUGACAAUGAGGAAGAAGUGAAGAGAUGGUUUGUCAGUCGGCUUAAUGGUUACUUGCAAUUCCUCAAUGAGGACCUCAUCAGCUCCCAGGAUACCCUCAAUGCAUCAUGCUUGGCCUUCAGGAACCUCAUCUUCUUACUGGGAACCGACUACAACUUCAGCAGGACGGAUAUCGAAGAAGAUGAAGUGUAUGACACCAUUAAGACCUACCUCAGCACAGAUGGAAGUCCAAAGUGCUACGACCGCAAUGACCCGACCCUCAACUCCACAGCUUGGUUUUUCAACUACUUUUGCAAUUUCAUUAGAUUCGCUGACUCGGAUGACUUCAGAACAUUUGGUUCAGAAGAAGCACUUCAGGCCUUCUCUGUCAAUCGACAAAAUAUCGAGCUCUUAAGUCAACCUGGCAUCCCAGAUGACGUGGUCUCAUGGUACACUGAGUCCAUCUUCCAGGAGAACCCACAAUUCCUUCCCACAAAACUGCCGCCCCGACUCCAAUGCUAUGCUUCAGGAGAGGCUUUGUCCAGCCUGGAUGAGAGUCAGACUCUGGCUGUUAUCAGGAACAUAAAUCAGUCCUGCACUGCUGUGGAACCCCAUAUUCCGGCAGUGCUGGCUGGGAAUAUUAAAACACUCAGUCCUGGACUGAUCACUGCCCUGGGAAACCAGGUGACAGGUUUGAGUCCAGGCCAGAUCAGUGGAGCUCCUCCAAGCGUCAUCAUCGGGUCCCUUAAGAACCUGGGCAAAGUUUCAGGCUGGAACCAGGCCCAGUCCAAUAGCAUCAUAGCAGCGAUCCUUGGACAAAACUUCCAGGUUGACAAUCAGGAAAAUCUGGAAAGCCUGGGCUCUCUAAUACAAGGCGUUCCCUUUUCAGCCAUUUCAAAAAUCUCCCCCACUGUAGCUCAGCAAACCGCUUCCAAUCCAGUUUUUGUUAACAACCUUCUGAGUGCUCCUGUAAUUGUGCGGGAGAAAUUCGUCCAAAAGAUUAUCGAAGUGGAUUCUACACCCCAGAUACUGUUAAACAACGUCCCUGAUGACCUAGCCUCAGAAAUCCCCAGAAGUCUGCUGAUCUUUUCUGAAAAUAUGGAUCCAGCUGUGGUGCAGAAGAUAAAUAAGAAAAAAUGGAAACCUGAGCAGGCGGCUCUGCUUUUUGAUAUAGUUGCUGAAGGAACCAGUGAUGCUGAUGACCUUUCAACAGAGAUGCUCCAGGGAUUCUCGUGCACAAGGAUUCGCCGUUUUAAAAAAACAAAAGUCAGAAAUCUCAUCAGAGCUUGCAGGAGGAGAAGGAACCAAAGAAAGGUGGUUCUGCGCGAACCCCAGUUAACCUGCAUGAGCAAUAUCAUCAAGAGUGAAAGGCCACAGAAUUUCACAGAAUUACCUUCCGACAUGCUGUUGUACCUAGACUACUCCACCGUGCAGCAGGCAACAUGCAAGGCGUACUUCAUACAAACCGGAGAAGCAGACUUUGAUGUUCUGUCUGACGCUUUGAGUGGGAAGAAAGCAGAGUUACUGAGCAAUGCCAAAAGCUGCCUGGGUGUAACAGGAACAAACCUGAACAAGGAGACUGUGGAGGUUCUGGGAAACAUGUGCUGCACACUGGAUGAGUCUCACAUCAGUGACUCUGACCCACUGAUACUGGAGAAACUUAAAAACUGCAAGGAGUUCUCAGACAAGCAGCUCGAUGCAAUGGAAAAAGUUCUUCUCCGUGGUACCCCCAUUUAUGGAAAUCCUUCAAAAUGGAACUUUAAAACUCUGCAAAAGUUGGAACCCCUCCCAGUGUUUCUAGGAAGCUCAUUCUGGUGUCGUCUUGGAAAGAGGGUCAAACGCAGAUACCUCAGAAAGCUCCGGAAACAGAAAGGAAGCAGGCGGGAAAGGAAGAAGCUCAAAAGACUUUUCAAACAAUUACGUUGUUCCAAAAAUAUACAAGGAGCUGAUCAUUGCACAGUUGGAAACAUCACACAGGUCACCAUCAACGAUGACUCUUUUCCCUUCGGUUACGAUGCCAUCCAGUUCGGCCACUGUCUAAGCGUGCAGGUUGUGAAGGACAAUUUUGCAGCUCUGGCUCAGAAGGUGGAUGAGGAUGAAUUGCAGACAAUUGUUCUGAGCAAAUCAAAGCAGGCAUUCCCAGCGGGCCUUUCAGAUAUGCAGUUGCAACUCCUGGGUUCUGUGUCUCGUAUGGCCUCCCUGGAUGACAUCAGCAAGUGGAGCAUCAUCACCAUUGACAACCUGGCUGCUCUAAUGAACUCAGAAGAUGGAGCGUGGGAGCCUGAAAAGAGCAAAGCCAUCAUCUUAAAAUACUUGGAAACACCUGCCAAUACCCUGGGGACCGCAGAGCUGAAUGCAAUAGGCGGGCCUAAUCUGUGCCCCCUUCCCAACAGUGUCCUGAGGAACAUCACCCCUGAGAGUCUGAAAAAUGCCAACUCCUUGACUAUUUCAGCUUGUCCUGUGGAGUUCAAGGAUGAAAUGUUCCUCAUAGCUGAACAGGCCUUUAAUGAAUCUGAUCCCAUAUCACUGAUGACUUACCAGCUCAUUCAGUCUUACCUAGGAGGCGCACCCAAAGAUUACAUAUUAAGACUGUCAAGAGCCAAUGUUAGCAUGGACUUAGAAACCUUUAUAAACCUGAACUCAAGCGUACUCUUGGAUCUCAAUGUGACGGCGGUAAGUCAGCUACUGGGAGGUAAUGUGCAGGACCUGAAGACCUUUGAGCAUGUGACUGUCAUACAGCACUGGAUCCAGAGACAGCCUCAGUCCGAUCUGGACAGUUUGGGCAUUGAGCGGACACCUCCAGUAAACACAACUUCAACUCCAACAUCUGACUGCAUGAUGAUGCCAUUUGAUGAAAGGUGUCCAUCCACACCAUGUAAUGAGAGCGGCAUUUGUUCUGGAGUACACAACUCUAAGCUGCAGGACUACUUGGACUCUGGGAUGACUGGAAUGCUCUGCAAUAUUACACUCACUGAAUAUGCUUGCUCAUCGUUGGCCUCACUCACUGGCGAAAAACUAGCUGACCUGCUCACAUGUAAGGUAUCUGGUGGCAUGGUCUACCCCAAGCAGACCUGGAAGCUCUUCCUCACCAAGGCAUCUGGAGUCCUGAAUGAAGCUCUCACCAUCCUCACUAACAGGUCCGUCAAGUUGAGGAGCCUGCCCGUCCUGGAGGUGGUGGGUGAACUCAGAAUCAACACACUCAGCGAGGAACAGCUACAGACCGUACCAGUCAUCCACCACCUGUUCCAUCCAAAACUGCGGACUCUCAUGUCCUCUGUGUCAGUGGAGUUUCUGUCCUGUCUCAGCAGCAAGAACUUCACCUGCGAGACCUACCACCACGUGGUGAAUGAAUUCGGCUACCAGUUUCCUCACAUGGACGAGAUGCAACAGCGCAUGGUGCUCAAACAUUUCAUCCUCCCCUUCCUGACCCGAAAUCACACCUCAGACCCUGCCUGUGUGGACAGCACUAAUGGAAGUGAGGCCUGGCUGUACAAGAACUUCAAAUCGUAUUCUGCCUUUGUGCCUCUCCGGGAGCUCCUGAUGCUAAAUCCAAACUUCCAACCGCUGGAGACCCUGAACCUUCUCAGCCCUCGACAGACAGCGGAGCUGGUCGUGUCACCCCACCCUGCACUUUCAGAUAAAGAAGCCAUCAUCACUGCAGUGUUUGACCACUUCAUGGAAUCACCGAAUGACAUGAAGCAGAGAGAAUUCCUCAGGGAGUUUGCAAUGUUGUCCCAACAGAGACCGUUGAACUGCAGCUCCAUCCAAACCAUAAUCAAGAGGCUUCGUCACUCACUGUCCUCAAUGCCAGGACGUCAGGAGCCAGUCAUCUGGGCCAGCAUUAACGUGUUCAUGCAAGCAGGACCCAGACACUGCAUGACGAUGCCAGUUGAUGAAAGGUGUCCAUUCACACCAUGGAACGAGAGCAGCAUUUGUUCUGGAGUACACAACUCGAGCCUACAGGAUGACUUGAACUCUGGGAUGACUGGAAUGCUCUGCAAUAUUACACUCACUGAAUAUGCUUGCUCAUCGUUGGCCUCACUCACUGGCGAAAAACUAGCUGACCUGCUAACAUGUAAGGUGUCUGGCGGCAUGGUCUACCCCAAGCAAACCUGGAAGCUCUUCCUCACCAAGGCGUCUGGAGUCCUGAAUGAAGCUCUCACCAUCCUCACUAACAGGUCUGUCAAGUUGAGGAGCCCGCCCGUCCUGGAGGUGGUGGGUGAACUCAGAAUCAACACACUCAGCGUGGAACAGCUACAGACCGUACCAGUCAUCCACCACCUGUUCCAUCCAAAACUGCGGACUCUCAUGUCCUCUGUGUCAGUGGAGUUUCUGUCCUGUCUCAGCAGCAAGAACUUCACCUGCGAGACCUACCACCACGUGGUGAAUGAAUUCGGCUACCAGUUUCCUCACAUGGACGACAUGCAACAGCGCAUGGUGCUCAAACAUUUCAUCCUCCCCUUCCUGACCCGAAAUCACACCUCAGACCCUGCCUGUGUGGACAGCACUAAUGGAAGUGAGGCCUGGCUGUACAAGAACUUCAAAUCGUAUUCUGCCUUUGUGCCUCUCCGGGAGCUCCUGAUGCUAAAUCCAAACUUCCAACCGCUGGAGACCCUGAACCUUCUCAGCCCUCGACAGACAGCGGAGCUGGUCGUGUCGCCCCACCCUGCACUUUCAGAUAAAGAAGCCAUCAUCACUGCAGUGUUUGACCACUUCAUGGAAUCACCGAAUGACAUGAAGCAGAGAGAAUUCCUCAGGGAGUUUGCAAUGUUGUCCCAACAGAGACCGUUGAACUGCAGCUCCAUCCAAACCAUAAUCAAGAGGCUUCGUCACUCACUCUCCUCAAUGCCAGGACGUCAGGAGCCAGUCAUCUGGGCCAGCAUUAACGUGUUCAUGCAAGCAGGACCCAGACACUGCAUGACGAUGCCAGUUGAUGAAAGGUGUCCAUUCACACCAUGGAACGCUGACCUGCUAACAUGUAAGGUGUCUGGCGGCAUGGUCUACCCCAAGCAGACCUGGAAGCUCUUCCUCACCAAGGCGUCUGGAGUCCUGAAUGAAGCUCUCACCAUCCUCACUAACAGGUCCGUCAAGUUGAGGAGCCCGCCUGUCCUGGAGGUGGUGGGUGAACUCAGAAUCAACACACUCAGCGUGGAACAGCUACAGACCGUACCAGUCAUCCACCACCUGUUCCAUCCAAAACUGCGGACUCUCAUGUCCUCUGUGUCAGUGGAGUUUCUGUCCUGUCUCAGCAGCAAGAACUUCACCUGCGAGACCUACCACCACGUGGUGAAUGAAUUCGGCUACCAGUUUCCUCACAUGGACGAGAUGCAACAGCGCAUGGUGCUCAAACAUUUCAUCCUCCCCUUCCUGACCCGAAAUCACACCUCAGACCCUGCCUGUGUGGACAGCACUAAUGGAAGUGAGGCCUGGCUGUACAAGAACUUCAAAUCGUAUUCUGCCUUUGUGCCUCUCCGGGAGCUCCUGAUGUUAAAUCCAAACUUCCAACCACUGGAGACCCUGAACCUUCUCAGCUCUCGACAGACAGCGGAGCUGGUCGUGUCACCCCACCCUGCACUUUCAGAUAAAGAAACCAUCAUCAAUGCAGUGUUUGACCACUUCAUGGAAUCACCAAAUGACACGAAGCAGAGAGAAUUCCUCAAGGAGUUUGCAAUGUUGUCCCAACAGGCAAACCUCAGUUGUGACCUCUACAAAACCAUACUGCGCAGGAUAGACCAGGCAGCACUAUCUGAGUCCAGUGAAUUUGAAUCUCAAAGAAUGCCAAUCAGGGGCAAGAUUGCACAGAUAGCUCUACUGCAUUGCUCAAUAAAUGACAUCAUUCCAGGGUGUCCUACGACCCCAGUAAAUGAGAGCCGAAUCUGUGCUGAAGCCAACAGUGGUGCUUACACAAACACGAUGAUGCUGUGUAACAACAGUCUGAGACAUUACGCCUGUCUGUCAACGCCAACAAACCUAACAUCGGAACAAGUGGCCAUGAUUCUGAGCUGUAAUUUGAUGGGCAACAAGACGUAUUCAAAAGAAACCUGGAAACUGCUCUUCACCAAAGUCUCCGGAGUGCUGCAUGAAGCUCUGUUACUGUUCGCCAACAUGACCCCCAGCCUGAGAGAGCCUUCUGCUUCAAUGGUUCUUGAUGUGAUCAGCGAGAGCCUGGAUGCAGGGAUCACUGAUUCAAGUGAAGACGUAUCUUUGAUCACCAAGAUCUUCCAGAAGAAGCUGAAGCCAUUCUUACCCUUCAUAUCAGAAUCCCUGCUGUCCUGCCUGAGCGCCAAGAACUUCAGUUGUCAGGCCUUCGAAGUCAUAGUGUGGACUCUCAAUGACAAAUAUGAAGAGAUGGACAGACGCCAGCGGGCUUUGGUCUACAUGGAUUUCAUCCAAAUCUUCUUGUCUCGGACUGAAACUAAAGACCCAGGGUGUGUCCGCAGUUCAAACGGCAGUGUGCCAUGGCUUCAGAAGAACUUUGGGAAAUUUUCUAGUUUCCUAACCCCCGAAGACAUCCAGAGGCUCAACAGAAACUUCUCUGUGGAGGAAGCUCUGCGUCAUCUGACCGUUAAGCAGUUGGCUAACUUCUUUGCUGCUCCAGGACAACUGGAAACUGCUGAAGACGUCAGCAAACUAAUGAGCCACGUGGCAGACGACCAAUUGGGAACGUUCUUUGAUAGGUUUUCAACAGUCAUUGAGGGUCGGCCCUUCCCGAUGGAGGCGCGCUCUGCAAUGCUGCAGCAGGUGCUGGACCGAGCCAACCUCUCCGAUGCCGCGGUCAGCGAUGAGGAAGCCCAGGUAUGGCUUCAGCAACGUCUGCCGCCCCUGCUGCUGAACCUGCAACGGGAACACGUGGGCCCUCUCUUCAACAUCGUCAAGCGCAGGGACUGCAACAUCAGCCAGGAAUUGGUGAAGCAUCUUAGCGGUAUCCGCCAAACCCUUGAUGAUGACACGGAAAGCGAGGUCAUCAAAAACAUUGUUGACUCACUCAGAGACCCUCAGCCACUGCGCUGCUACACAAACCAGAGUUUCUACCAGUUUCUGAAAAAAAGCUUCCUCAAAUUCCCUUCUCCCCAACUGUCUACUGUCCUUUCACUGAUGCCUCCUGACAGACAGGCAGAGCUGAUAAACUCCAUUCCUCCCAAUGAGCUUGGUGAGCUGCUGAGGAAACCUAUGUUUAUAGAUAACAGCACAGACCUUUGCACCCUCCUGCUGCACCACCGACAGACCCCCGAACUCCUGGAGACGGAGGAAUUUUCAGAACACGUGAGGUCACAGAUCUUGCCCUGUGUGUGGCCCCUGGCCCUCAGAAGUGACAAUGAGGAAGAAGUGAAGAGAUGGUUUGUCAGUCGGCUUAAUGGUUACUUGCAAUUCCUCAAUGAGGACCUCAUCAGCUCCCAGGAUACCCUCAAUGCAUCAUGCUUGGCCUUCAGGAACCUCAUCUUCUUACUGGGAACCGACUACAACUUCAGCAGGACGGAUAUCGAAGAAGAUGAAGUGUAUGACACCAUUAAGACCUACCUCAGCACCGAUGGAAGUCCAAAGUGCUACGACCGCAAUGACCCGACCCUCAACUCCACAGCUUGGUUUUUCAACUACUUUUGCAAUUUCAUUAGAUUCGCUGACUCGGAUGACUUCAGAACAUUUGGUUCAGAAGAAGCACUUCAGGUCUUCUCUGUCAAUCGACAAAAUAUCGAGCUCUUAAGUCAACCUGGCAUCCCAGAUGACGUGGUCUCAUGGUACACUGAGUCCAUCUUCCAGGAGAACCCACAAUUCCUUCCCACAAAACUGCCGCCCCGACUCCAAUGCUAUGCUUCAGGAGAGGCUUUGUCCAGCCUGGAUGAGAGUCAGACUCUGGCUGUUAUCAGGAACAUAAAUCAGUCCUGCACUGCUGUGGAACCCCAUAUUCCGGCAGUGCUGGCUGGGAAUAUUAAAACACUCAGUCCUGGACUGAUCACUGCCCUGGGAAACCAGGUGACAGGUUUGAGUCCAGGCCAGAUCAGUGGAGCUCCUCCAAGCGUCAUCAUCGGGUCCCUUAAGAACCUGGGCAAAGUUUCAGGCUGGAACCAGGCCCAGUCCAAUAGCAUCAUAGCAGCGAUCCUUGGACAAAACUUCCAGGUUGACAAUCAGGAAAAUCUGGAAAGCCUGGGCUCUCUAAUACAAGGCGUUCCCUUUUCAGCCAUUUCAAAAAUCUCCCCCACUGUAGCUCAGCAAACCGCUUCCAAUCCAGUUUUUGUUAACAACCUUCUGAGUGCUCCUGUAAUUGUGCGGGAGAAAUUCGUCCAAAAGAUUAUCGAAGUGGAUUCUACACCCCAGAUACUGUUAAACAACGUCCCUGAUGACCUAGCCUCAGAAAUCCCUGGAAAUCUGCUGAUCUUUUCUGAAAAUAUGGAUCCAGCUGUGGUGCAGAAGAUAAAUAAGAAAAAAUGGAAACCUGAGCAGGCGGCUCUGCUUUUUGAUAUAGUUGCUGAAGGAACCAGUGAUGCUGAUGACCUUUCAACAGAGAUGCUCCAGGGAUUCUCGUGCACAAGGAUUCGCCGUUUUAAAAAAACAAAAGUCAGAAAUCUCAUCAGAGCUUGCAGGAGGAGAAGGAACCAAAGAAAGGUGGUUCUGCGCGAACCCCAGUUAACCUGCAUGAGCAAUAUCAUCAAGAGUGAAAGGCCACAGAAUUUCACAGAAUUACCUUCCGACAUGCUGUUGUACCUAGACUACUCCACCGUGCAGCAGGCAACAUGCAAGGCGUACUUCAUACAAACCGGAGAAGCAGACUUUGAUGUUCUGUCUGACGCUUUGAGUGGGAAGAAAGCAGAGUUACUGAGCAAUGCCAAAAGCUGCCUGGGUGUAACAGGAACAAACCUGAACAAGGAGACUGUGGAGGUUCUGGGAAACAUGUGCUGCACACUGGAUGAGUCUCACAUCAGUGACUCUGACCCACUGAUACUGGAGAAACUUAAAAACUGCAAGGAGUUCUCAGACAAGCAGCUCGAUGCAAUGGAAAAAGUUCUUCUCCGUGGUACCCCCAUUUAUGGAAAUCCUUCAAAAUGGAACUUUAAAACUCUGCAAAAGUUGGAACCCCUCCCAGUGUUUCUAGGAAGCUCAUUCUGGUGUCGUCUUGGAAAGAGGGUCAAACGCAGAUACCUGAGAAAGCUCCGGAAACAGAAAGGAAGCAGGCGGGAAAGGAAGAAGCUCAAAAGACUUUUCAAACAAUUACGUUGUUCCAAAAAUAUACAAGGAGCUGAUCAUUGCACAGUUGGAAACAUCACACAGGUCACCAUCAACGAUGACUCUUUUCCCUUCGGUUACGAUGCCAUCCAGUUCGGCCACUGUCUAAGCGUGCAGGUUGUGAAGGACAAUUUUGCAGCUCUGGCUCAGAAGGUGGAUGAGGAUGAAUUGCAGACAAUUGUUCUGAGCAAAUCAAAGCAGGCAUUCCCAGCGGGCCUUUCAGAUGUGCAGUUGCAACUCGUGGGUCCUGUGUCUCGUAUGGCCUCCCUGGAUGACAUCAGCAAGUGGAGCAUCAUCACCAUUGACAACCUGGCUGCUCUAAUGAACUCAGAAGAUGGAGCGUGGGAGCCUGAAAAGAGCAAAGCCAUCAUCUUAAAAUACUUGGAAACACCUGCCAAUACCCUGGGGACCGCAGAGCUGAAUGCAAUAGGCGGGCCUAAUCUGUGCCCCCUUCCCAACAGUGUCCUGAGGAACAUCACCCCUGAGAGUCUGAAAAAUGCCAACUCCUUGACUAUUUCAGCUUGUCCUGUGGAGUUCAAGGAUGAAAUGUUCCUCAUAGCUGAACAGGCCUUUAAUGAAUCUGAUCCCAUAUCACUGAUGACUUACCAGCUCAUUCAGUCUUACCUAGGAGGCGCACCCAAAGAUUACAUAUUAAGACUGUCAAGAGCCAAUGUUAGCAUGGACUUAGAAACCUUUAUAAACCUGAACUCAAGCGUACUCUUGGAUCUCAAUGUGACGGCGGUAAGUCAGCUACUGGGAGGUAAUGUGCAGGACCUGAAGACCUUUGAGCAUGUGACUGUCAUACAGCACUGGAUCCAGAGACAGCCUCAGUCCGAUCUGGACAGUUUGGGCAUUGAGCGGACACCUCCAGUAAACACAACUUCAACUCCAACAUCUGACUGCAUGAUGAUGCCAUUUGAUGAAAGGUGUCCAUCCACACCAUGUAAUGAGAGCGGCAUUUGUUCUGGAGUACACAACUCUAAGCUGCAGGACUACUUGGACUCUGGGAUGACUGGAAUGCUCUGCAAUAUUACACUCACUGAAUAUGCUUGCUCAUCGUUGGCCUCACUCACUGGCGAAAAACUAGCUGACCUGCUCACAUGUAAGGUAUCUGGUGGCAUGGUCUACCCCAAGCAGACCUGGAAGCUCUUCCUCACCAAGGCGUCUGGAGUCCUGAAUGAAGCUCUCACCAUCCUCACUAACAGGUCCGUCAAGUUGAGGAGCCUGCCCGUCCUGGAGGUGGUGGGUGAACUCAGAAUCAACACACUCAGCGUGGAACAGCUACAGACCGUACCAGUCAUCCACCACCUGUUCCAUCCAAAACUGCGGACUCUCAUGUCCUCUGUGUCAGUGGAGUUUCUGUCCUGUCUCAGCAGCAAGAACUUCACCUGCGAGACCUACCACCACGUGGUGAAUGAAUUCGGCUACCAGUUUCCUCACAUGGACGAGAUGCAACAGCGCAUGGUGCUCAAACAUUUCAUCCUCCCCUUCCUGACCCGAAAUCACACCUCAGACCCUGCCUGUGUGGACAGCACUAAUGGAAGUGAGGCCUGGCUGUACAAGAACUUCAAAUCGUAUUCUGCCUUUGUGCCUCUCCGGGAGCUCCUGAUGCUAAAUCCAAACUUCCAACCGCUGGAGACCCUGAACCUUCUCAGCCCUCGACAGACAGCGGAGCUGGUCGUGUCGCCCCACCCUGCACUUUCAGAUAAAGAAGCCAUCAUCACUGCAGUGUUUGACCACUUCAUGGAAUCACCGAAUGACAUGAAGCAGAGAGAAUUCCUCAGGGAGUUUGCAAUGUUGUCCCAACAGAGACCGUUGAACUGCAGCUCCAUCCAAACCAUAAUCAAGAGGCUUCGUCACUCACUGUCCUCAAUGCCAGGACGUCAGGAGCCAGUCAUCUGGGCCAGCAUUAACGUGUUCAUGCAAGCAGGACCCAGACACUGCAUGACGAUGCCAGUUGAUGAAAGGUGUCCAUUCACACCAUGGAACGAGAGCAGCAUUUGUUCUGGAGUACACAACUCGAGCCUACAGGAUGACUUGAACUCUGGGAUGACUGGAAUGCUCUGCAAUAUUACACUCACUGAAUAUGCUUGCUCAUCGUUGGCCUCACUCACUGGCGAAAAACUAGCUGACCUGCUAACAUGUAAGGUGUCUGGCGGCAUGGUCUACCCCAAGCAAACCUGGAAGCUCUUCCUCACCAAGGCCUCUGGAGUCCUGAAUGAAGCUCUCACCAUCCUCACUAACAGGUCUGUCAAGUUGAGGAGCCCGCCUGUCCUGGAGGUGGUGGGUGAACUCAGAAUCAACACACUCAGUGUGGAACAGCUACAGACCGUACCAGUCAUCCACCACCUGUUCCAUCCAAAACUGCGGACUCUCAUGUCCUCUGUGUCAGUGGAGUUUCUGUCCUGUCUCAGCAGCAAGAACUUCACCUGCGAGACCUACCACCACGUGGUGAAUGAAUUUGGCUACCAGUUUCCUCACAUGGACGACAUGCAACAGCGCAUGGUGCUCAAACAUUUCAUCCUCCGCUUCCUGACCCGAAAUCACACCUCAGACCCUGCCUGUGUGGACAGCACUAAUGGAAGUGAGGCCUGGCUGUACAAGAACUUCAAAUCGUAUUCUGCCUUUGUGCCUCUCCGGGAGCUCCUGAUGCUAAAUCCAAACUUCCAACCGCUGGAGACCCUGAACCUUCUCAGCCCUCGACAGACAGCGGAGCUGGUCGUGUCGCCCCACCCUGCACUUUCAGAUAAAGAAGCCAUCAUCACUGCAGUGUUUGACCACUUCAUGGAAUCACCGAAUGACAUGAAGCAGAGAGAAUUCCUCAGGGAGUUUGCAAUGUUGUCCCAACAGAGACCGUUGAACUGCAGCUCCAUCCAAACCAUAAUCAAGAGGCUUCGUCACUCACUCUCCUCAAUGCCAGGACGUCAGGAGCCAGUCAUCUGGGCCAGCAUUAACGUGUUCAUGCAAGCAGGACCCAGACACUGCAUGACGAUGCCAGUUGAUGAAAGGUGUCCAUUCACACCAUGGAACGGUAAGCUUCACACAGUCCAACAGGGCUGUAUUCGUACGCACUGA